CCUUCCGCGUUUCCAAGGAUUUUGCGUUUUGCCUGCAGGUCGAAAGCACAGACGAGAGAGAACGAACAGCCCCAACACUGUGACGACGUCAUUGAACGUGAGAGCAUCGGCGAUCCAUUUCAGGCGAAUCUUUCAUUUUGAGGGCUUUAAAGUUCUAACUCUGGUUUGCAAUCUAAGAUGACGCCAGUGUGCCCUUUUGUCAAAGCUGCUCGUCCUGAUGAUACCUCUUCAAAAAAAUCUGGGGAAAAUUCAGUUAAGCAUCAAGCUGCGUCUGAGAGUAAGGCCAAAAAAGAUUCUAACAACUCAGCCGGUGCUUCACCAAAAUGCCCUUUUGGAUAUGACUCCCCAGCAAAAAAAGAGUCUGACAGCUCAGCUAGUGCUUCUCCUAAGUGCCCUUUUGGAUAUGACUCCCAAACAUUUAAGAUUGGUCCUCUUAGCUGUAUGAUAUGCCAGGCACUCCUAUUUGAAACUAGCAAAUGUGUGCCCUGUUGUCAUGUUUUCUGCAAGGCAUGUAUAUCACGCUUUAAGGACUGUCCGUUAUGUGGGGCUGAUAUUGAGAAAAUUGAGCCUGAUGCUAAUCUUCAAGGUACAGUUGAUCGCUUCAUUGAAGGUCAUGCUAGGAUCAAAAGGUCUAUUAGUUCAGACAAAGGAGAAGAAACAGAAGAGAAUAAGCCAGUUAUAUACGAGGAUGUAUCUUUGGAAAGGGGUUCCUUCUUAGUGCAACAGGCCAUGAGGGCAUUCCGUGCUCAGAAUAUAGAAAGUGCCAAAUCAAGGCUCAGCCUCUGUGCAGAAGAUAUUCGUGGCCAAUUAGAAAAGAUUGGUAACACAUCAGAAUUAUGCUCACAGCUUGGAGCAGUAUUAGGCAUGCUUGGUGACUGCUGGAUAUUUUCACUUUCUUCCAUCGGACUAUCUUUCAAAAUUGAUACCUUAAGAAGGAUGAAAUUUUGUACAAGUAUAAAAUAUCAGGCAGAACUCCCAUUGAUUGAGGAAAAACAAAUAACGAUAGUUAGAGGUAUGAAUGCAUGUCUGAAAAAUGAUGAAAUGAUUCUAAUAAGAAUACUUCUUUUUUUAAUAAAAAACUCAGCCAAGGCCUGGAAGAAGUUACAAAAGAAAUGAACCAAAAAUAAACUAAAGCCUAGAUAGUGCUUUGCAAAUCUGGAAAGAGACUGAGUCAUCCUUGGUGAACCUCAUCGACCACUUUAAUUACAUGACCAGACUGAUGAGUAUUUUUGGCCAUAAAAUUGGCACAGGAGAUACAUUCAUGAAAAGCAUGGUGUAGUUCCACUUCUCAGUUAUUCUAACAGGAAUACUGGAUGGAAUUAGACAUAGACCAAAAGUAGUAGUAAGUAGUGCUUCUGUAGUACUUGGUUCAAGGCUGCGUUAUUUUGUUUUUCUCAAGUAUCUUUGCAACUAAAGGCCCAUGAAUAGCUUUAUUGAAGUGUGGACAUAGUACAAGCUCAAUAUGCCUUAUGUUGAAAUUUCAUUUGAUUAUGUAUGAUUAAAGCACCAACGAUUGAACUCUUAACUACUGGGUUACAAUGGCUUCAGUACUAUGCCAAGGAUUAUAUCAAGUGGAAUCUUAUAUUGUUAUGUGAAGGCCAUGAAUAGUUUCAGUUAUUUGCUAACAAUUAUCAUCUUCGCACCUACCUCUGCCUUCCAAAUGAGUUUGCCCCCUUCUUUUUGGGUUUCAUUAUUCGAAAAGACAACCACUAUUUUAACAAUUUAUUUGUGAUGGUAGCCCAAGAAGAUUCCUGUAAACUUCCGCCAGUAAUUUGGGAUUUUAUUAUUAUUAUUAUUAUUAUUAUUAUUAUUAUUAUUAUUAUUAUUAUUUUGUAUGAAGAAAUGAGGAGAAUUUGGCCAAAUGAAUGAGUGAUUUGUAAAAGUCAUAUUGUUCUAUUUUAUAUUGGUAGGUUAGUAUAUAAUCAAGCACUCUCAAGUUUCAACGUGUUAUGUGAACUGCAGAAGGUAGAUAAUUAAGAUAGGAAAUUCUGCUGAAAGUAAAGAACGAAGAACAAUUUCAAAACUCAGAUUAAAUGAUAAAACCUGCUAUUGGACUAUAAUAAUAUUUUAAAAGCAUCCCCAGUAUCUGUGAUUGACCAUGUGAAAUAAAUUGAACUGCUUGUUGAGUUCCCAGAAGAGCAGGUAAAGCUUGUUUGAAAAGUUUGGUGAAAUUGAUCAAGUGGUGUUUGUAGUAUCAUUGAAAACUAUGGCUAUUCCUGACCCUUUGCCCAACCACUUACCCUUCUUUGCCAAAAAAAAAAGCUUGAUGUCAUGGUUUUGAAAUAUUUUUAAAUGACAGUCAUUGUAUCUGGAACAUGGACAGCACUAGAUUAUUAAAAAAGCAAUGCAAGCCUUCUUUCUGUGUAUAGUGUUUACCUUGCCUUAUAGAAAAAAGGACAUUAUUCCAUGACGUCAAAUGCUUAUUAGCGGCCAAUUGUGAGAGAGAUGCAUGCUGACUUUAUAUCUU